UUCUGAGAGGCGUCUCGACCUGCCAGGGCUCCUAAAUAGAUCUGAUACUGAAGGAAAGAGAAGGUUGAAUGGCGCCCAGGACCGCAGCGGUGAGGCUGAGUGAAGCGGCUCAGAGAGGACCAGCCUGAGCAUCCGGGAGGGCUUUGUUAUUACCUCCUCCCCUCCUCUCCUCUCUCUCUCCUCCCACCCUCCCUCCACAUAUAUUACACAGGUAAGACACCCGUCCUCCCCUCAGCUGUGUGCCUCCCCCUCCCCACCCACCCCCAUGUGGACAACGCUUCUCGCCGAGAAGGAAGGAAGGAAGGAAGGAGAGAAGGAGGGAGGGUUGCGACUCGCUUUGGGGGAAAGGCGCACAUUACGCACGGGGCCUCCGAGGAACGUUAUGGUCGUGUUUUUUCUGGGAACAUGGAGGAGGAAGCUUGAAGCACCGCUCACGACAGUGGCUUUGACAGCCAUUGUUUACCAAAGACGUCACCCUUCCAGUGGAUAAAAAAAAAAAACGGAGCAUUUAAACAAACAACAACAACAACAGCCAGCCAGCAAGAAGCAGCAAGCAAGCAAGAAAGCAAGCAAGCAGCCAGAUGUGGCCGCAUCGGCGACGCGCAACAUUGUAGCGAGACUCCGCCGCCGCCGCCGUUUUGACGCGUCCGAGCGCUACAUUGUUUCAGAGUUUCCACGUUGCUGGGUCAGCGGUGGUUGGUGCCUCCUCCUCCUUUCCUCCUCCUCGUUCCUCUUCCUCCCCUCCUUCCAUCCACCUGGCCACUCAUCCGCCAUGUCGCAGGGUCAGAACUUCCUCCCCAAAUUCCUGUUUGUCUCCAACCUGCUGAAGGCGGUGAAGAUCCGCCAGCGAGUGCCCAACGACGUGGUGAAGCCGGCUGCCGGCAGCGGCCUGAUGCACCACCUGCGCGGGAUGCACCGGUACACGCUGGAGAUGAUCGCCAUGAACCACUUCCCGCAGGCCUUCAGGGAGGUGGUCCAGGCCGCCAUCCUGGACCGGGCCAUGCAGGCCUCGCUGGAGCAGGAGAAGAAGCUCAACUGGUGUCGGGAGGUGAAGAAGAUGGUGCCCUUACGUACCAAUGGUGAUGGGAACUGUUUGCUGCACGCGACCUCUCAGUACAUGUUGGGCGUUCAGGACACCGACCUGGUGCUUCGGAAAGCCCUCCAUGGUGUUUUGAAAGAGACGGACACUGGCGUCUUCAGAGCUCGCUUCCAGGCGGAGCUGCUCCAGUCCCAGGAGUUCACACAGACCGGACUCCGAUACACCACAAUGAACUGGGAAGAGGAGUGGGAAAAGAUCGUGAAGAUGGCGUCUCCGGUCUCCAGUAGCAACGGCCUCCAGUUUGACUCUCUGGAGGACAUUCACAUCUUUGUCCUCUCCAACAUUCUCCGCCGACCCAUCAUCGUCAUCGCAGACCAGGUGGUCAGGAGUAUGAAAUCUGGCUCCUCCAUCUCUCCUCUGAAUGUGGGAGGGAUUUAUCUGCCACUACACUGGCCGCCCACAGAGUGCUACAAAUACCCAAUAGUGCUCGGCUACGACUCCCAGCACUUUGCACCCCUCAUCACCAUCAAAGACAGCGGUCCAGAGAUCCGAGCAGUGCCGCUGAUCAACCCAGGGCGAGGGGGCUUUGAGGAGCUGAAGGUUCACUUCCUGAUGGAGAAAGAACAGCAACAGAAGGAGCGGCUUCUCAAGGACUACCUGCUGCUGAUAGAGAUCCCCGUCAUCGGUUUAGGCUACGACACCACGCGGAUCAUCAAUGCUGCACGGCUGGAUGAGGGCAACCUCCCUGAAGACAUGAACCUGAUGGAGGACUACCUGCAGCUUGUCAACCACGAGUACCAGCGCUGGCAGGAGGACAAGGAGCAGGCGUGGGCCGCCCAGCCGCAGCGCCCGCCGCCCUUCUCCGUCUCCCAGCUCUCCCUCAUCGAGAUCCGGUGCGCCACACCACGAUGCACCUUCUACGUCUCCGUGGACACCCAGCCUCACUGCCACGAGUGCUUCGAGAAGCGACAGGCCACUACCGGCGGAGGAAUGAGGAUAGAAGGGGUCGUGCAGAAAGGGGGAGGGGUGCAAGGUGGUGUAGGAGUCAUUGGGGGAUCGGAGGCUGAGGUGAGCUCCAGAGGAGCCCGAGGCAGCAGCCCCCCGUCCUCCACAUGUGGGAGAGCGGUGGUGAUAUCCAGCCCUCGCUCUGCACCACCCACCGCUCCCAGCCUCAGCCUGUACAGUGAAACUCACGCCAUGAAGUGCAAGACACCCGGCUGCCUCUUCACCCUUAGCGUGCAGCACGAUGGACUUUGCGAGCGCUGCUUCAACUCCAGGCAGAACCAUGGACCCCCCGGAGUUGGAACCGCUGCCCCAGGACUCCCGGGCCCCACCGGGGGGCCUACAGUCCCCCACCCGGCCCAGGGCACCGGCUGGACCCAGUGGGGGGGCCGCGAGACAGAGACAGAGACAGAGCGCUGCAGCAUGUGCAGACAGGAGGCGUUCAGGAUAUUCAACGGCCUGUGUCCACCCUGCAUGCAGAGACAGCAGACUCCAGAGAGGGGACAGCCGCAGCAGAACAACCCCAGGACCGAGGCCUCCUCCUCAGCUUGGACCCAGGCCCGGGACUCGGAGCGGCCGUGCCUCACCAUAACCCCGGGACACACCUCGGCCUGGCAAGCCCCUCUGGCCCGGCCUUGUAAAAGAUCCGGCUGCCAGUUUUUUGGGACGCCAGAGAAGCUGGGUUUCUGCACUAUUUGCUACGUAGACUAUCAGACCAACCACCACAUGACCCCUCCCGCUGCACCGGUCCAGAGCCGGCAUGGUGUGGAGGCCGGCUUCCAGAACGCCUCCCGGUGUCGAGGGCCGGGGUGUGGUGCAGUUGGCAAGGCGAUGCUGGAGGGCUACUGCGACAAGUGCUACGUCAAAGAGCAAAGCACACGGCUCAACCAAGUAGCAAAUCACACCCCCUCCCCUCCUCUGGUCAUGCGUGAACGAGCAGCCAAACCCAGAUCUUCACAGCAAUCCCAGACCCAGACCCAGACCCAGACUCAGACUCAGUGCCGGCGGAGCGGCUGCAGUAAUGUGUCCCCGGGUUGCACAGACCUCUGCCCCGAGUGCCACACGCGUGGCCAGGGCCGAGAGGCGGGCAGACGGGCGCAGGCGCCCAAAGAAAAGUCCAAGCAGCGGUGCAGGACGCAGGGCUGCGACCACUACGCCAACCAAGAGAAACAGGGCUACUGCAACGAGUGCGACCACUUCAAACAGAUCUAUCGCGGCUGACCACAUACGCACACCCGCGCAAACCCACGAUGAUGACACGUCGCUAGCACGCUAGAGCUGCUGCCCUGCUGUCGGCGCCCCAUGCCAGUCAAUGCACCUCUGAUACUAACUAACCAACUAACUAACUAACUAGCUAGUGACUAACUAGUAACCUUAUGGCCUGAAAAUCAAACCCCCCAUGUAGAAUGUGAAGAGAGAGUGUGUGUACG